AUGCGAGACGACACAACCUUCGAUUCUUCGGUACCACCAGAGCGCAGUGUCGUUGUGGGCGUAACUGAAAUCUUCGACCGACGUCCGCACUUCAUUUCUCGCCGUCUCGCGACGUAUCCUCACAGCAUCAUCUCAAUUCCGAUCGUGCCGAAAAUCGAGCUCGCCAGACAGUGUCUUCUUUCUUAUGCAUGCGAGUGGUCGGCAUGGUCAUUGAGCAAGAGCGUCAAAUUGAUUCGACUGAGUACAGACUUGGACAGCGCACAGAAGAAGCUGAUUUGGUGCUAUCUCGACGCCGAAAAGUAG